AGAUGGCGUAGAAAAACAGUCGGAGAUUUCGAUCACCAACCAUAUUAAAUAACCUAAUGGAAGGAGAACCGAUAACCGCAAAUAAUCUGAUAUCCUCCAUUAGAAGUUUCAACAGUGAGGGAAAAGAACACAACACUAUCAAAACACUGUUAAAAAACUUCAUCCUACCAGAAUCCCCAAAAAUGGCUAUCAAAGAAGAUAAUAGUGACAGCAAUAACUAUGUAUAUACAAUACCUGUCAAACCUCCUGUACCAACGGUGAAUAACAGAACAACAUCAAUAAACGCAGCAAAAUUAGCAUUUUUGAACUCCACUGUAGAAUCAGUUUCACCUGUGUCGAGACAGAAUUCAAAAAACCAGAAUUCAAACGUAUUCUAUGCGCAAAUAGCAGUCACUACUGAGAACCAAGAUGCUAGGAGUACUGGUGGGGGUAGAAAUAUAAAACAAGUUUCUCAGAUCAAAAAUGAUGUAUCAACAUAUAGUCCUGUUGAAAUUGCACCGAACUUAAAAAAGAAGAUAGAACAGCAACAACAACAUAGAAAAGUUAGUUUCAAAAUAAAAAACGCUACAACCUCAUAUAGACGGCCACCUGUGGCUACCAAAACCACAAUGACAAUAGCCAGUAAUAAAGUUUCAGAAUUGACAAAAAAGUUCAAUAAUUUAGUCGCCGAAACUCAUACUGGAUCAAUGAAACAACUGAAAAUAACGAAAACCAUAGAAGAUUUACAAUUUAUUUCACGGUGUUCUGCCAGCAAUAGUUCUACACCUUCGUCGACACUUAGUACAAGCCCAAACAUAAAAAUAGUAUUACGUCAAAAAAGAGGUUCAAAAAAGAGAAAUCAAAAAAAGAGGUGUUCUAGCAUGGAUUCAAUAGACAAACUUGUAAUUACCAAUAAUUCUUUAGCCAAAUAUCGUGUGAUUCGUUCUAAAUCAGAUGGUACAAAAAUACCAAAAUCUCCAAAGAAACGUUUAAAAUAUCAGGACUCUAGUGAACAGCAAAGUGGAUCUGAUUCUGUUGACGGUACUCCUGUGAAGUCUAAAGAGAAUGAAUCGAACGCGGAAACUUCUACAAAGGCCAAUGUUGUCAAAGACGUUAUCAAAAAAUUUGAGUGUGAAAUUAUAGCUCAAUCUAAUUCUAGUAAUACAUUAAAAAAACAAACAGACCAAACAAAAAGUACAAUCAACUUAAAAGAGAAACCUAAAGUACCUGAAAAGAAAUCAUCUUUAGUUUUAACUAAGAAUAUUGUGGUUAAAGAUGGAGUACCAAAAAUAAAAACGAUUAAACCGCCUAUUAACGACUUGCCAACUAAGGAACAUAAAAACAUAAAUUUGGACCUAAAAAGAAAAGAGCCUCUGUAUGAUCGAAAGAAAUAUAGAACCAACUACAUUCAUUCAGAUAAAUUGCCUCUGAAGGCCGUUGAAAUAAUUCAGGAGGAUUUCAAUGAAGUAAAUGAACAAGAGCAACAGUUACUUUCUGAUACCCAAACUCACAAUGAAAAUGAUAAGACUUAUCAAGAAGUUAGCCCAAAUAUAACCCCUAAUGAUUCAUUUUUAUGGCGACGGAAAAGUAGCACUCAAAUUUACUCCGACAGUGAAAAAUCACUACCAGAAAGCCCUUACAGUAUUAUAAAUGUUGCAAUGAAUGAAAUCACUAUAACGUGUACUGGUCCAGCUGAAGUUAUAAAAGAAUCUCAAAUAUCAGAGAAAAAUGAAUCUCAAAGUACUGAUAAAAGAGAAUCUGACUCUGAUUUUGAAAGUAAUCUAGUCGAAGCUUAUAACAAAGAAGUUCUUCUGGGAUACACGUCUAAGCCAAAAAUAGAACCAGUUAUCGAAGAUGAUUACGAACCUUUAGAACCAAGAGACACUGAAAAUAUUGUGAUAAUACCAAUUAAAAUGAGGGACCGAAAUUCAAAAAUAAAUUGUCCCUUGCCAGAGAUACCUAAACAGACAAACAACUCUACCGAGUCUUCUGAUGUAACUACAAAUGAAAAUAUCUACCAGUGUCUGUUAGAGAUGAGAUCCCACCCUGAAGGUGACGAAAGCAGCUUACACAAUUAUGAACUAUGUGAUGGUCAAAUGGAAGAGAGAACUCGUGGUGACGGUGAUAGCGAUGACGGCUAUGAAUAUUGCAAAUCCCCAGUCAAACCUUAUUGUUUGACUUCAAGUUCGGGCAUUCAAAUUGCAGAGGACUACCGACCCUCGGCAGAUAAUAACAAGAACUAUGCAAUCUCUAAAUCCGUUAGCGGAACAUCUACAGUGAGCUACGAAAAAAUAGGUUCAGAGAGAAUAUACGAAAAAAUCCCGCCGAGGCCACCAAAAUCCAAAGAUAACAGCCCCAGUUACAGCAGUCGUCAUUCCUUUAUAUCUUCAGACUACACGGGCUACAACGACACAGAGAAUAUUUAUGACACGAUCAAACAUGCAGACGGGGUGUCAUUAUCGCAUUGCUACGAGAGUAUACCAAAUAGCCCGAGCAUGGUGAAAAUGAGAAAUAAUCUAAAGAAACAGCUAACAUCUGCUAUUCAGAAACGGUUGUCCUUUGAUACAGUCUCGAAUAUUAGUCAAACAACGAUGUCUAGUGAACAAAAGACUAACAGUAUUUACGGGCAACGGUCAGUGCUCAGUUACAAUGGCCAGGAGAUCACCUUCCAAGUACCGAGCAGUGAAACGAGCGUGAGCGACAGAAGCGAUGAUUGGGUUGAUGUUUCUGAUGAAGAGAAAAGCGAGGAACAAAAAAUCAUCAUUGUACGUGAACGCAGCCGGGGCAGAAAGAGUCCGGUCAGUUGGUCGCAAAAAGUGAGACACCAAUGGCAUAAAUCACCGAAACGGAAAAACGAAGACAAAGAAUGUGACAGCAGCGACUCGGGCCACCUGUACGAGUCGUUGGAACCUGCGCCGGCGCAACCAGCACGAACAGCGCCUCUGCCGCCGCUUCCCAUCCAUGACGAUAUCGAUUCCUUCGACAGUGAUUCUGAUUUCGAGGAGCUUGACAAGAGUGCGCAAGCGCCACCGCUGCCCGCAUCGCGUCUGCCAACGCCACCUAGCGGCGGGCAAUACACACUCACAAAAAUCGCUAGCGCCGCGCAGAAGAAGAUGCGCCAGAUCAAACGGAAUCUCACCAAACGAUACAGUGUUGCUAUGGACGGCAAGCCCUUCAGCAAAUCUCAAUCGAACGGCAUCUACGAUACGCCCAAAGUGAAAACUAAAUCUCCCAUAUACGCAAACUAUGAACCACCGGAGAUUCAGCAUCCGUACAGCAAUAUAAACUUCGACACACGUACUAAUAAGACUGAUAAACCCGAUCCGAAAGCCAACGGGUCUAAAGAUGAGUUGAAGACUGCUAUCGGGGAAAAGAGGUUCAGCAACGGAGAUGUUCCGCCCCCGUUACCAGAUAAAUUGCCGGGACUUGAUGCUCCCGGUACACCGACAGAGAGCAAGAAAGACAGUGGUACUCUGUCGAGAAAGGCUUACUUCUCGUUCAAGUCGAGGUUCAGGAGAGCGACGUCUAUGGCGGUGGAUAUCAAUUCGGAAGUCCCAAGCGCACUGAAAAUCACUAAUUCUACGUUCUAUUUGACCGAUUCGAUGGACGGCGAUUCGGGUUUUAGCAACUGCAGCGACAGCGGGCAGGCGGGCAGCACGGAGACUCUGUCGGGCAGCGCUCGGCGGCGGGACGGUACGCGGCUGCGCCCCGCCUGGGCAGAGUCCACGCCCUGCCUCGCCCCUGCACCCGUCCCUGCACCCGCCCCCCUGCAGCGACCCCGCGCGCCGCCCCCGCCGCCUCCCACCACUCCUGCGCCCUCGCAGACCGACCUUAGCGCUGUCAACGAAGAACUGAAGCGCCUAUUGCCGACUCUGUCGCGCAAGGAGAAGAGCCCGCGCACGCGCACCUCGUGGUACGCGGAGUGUGGCGCCGAUACCAUAUCUGUAGCCACCUCUAAUACAUCCUGGUACGCGGAAGCCGGCCUCUCACCUGCAGGGCACGUAUCAUCGUCGUCGGGCGCAUCGUCAGGGUCGCACCCAGCGUCUCCGUUGCCUCGAUCACUAUUCACACACGAACCACUCUAUCAGUUUUACAACGCUGCCAAAGUUGAGUCUGUAUGCCGGGAGACAGGCGACUCUGACUCUGACACGUACGAGAGCAGCGCGGGCGCAGAGUCUUGCCCGCCCGAGCCCCCCACCGCCCGCCCCUCCGCCAUGACACUAGUAGCUCCCCGUGGACCUGCACGCACACUCUGGUGCGAGGUGCCCGAGGUGGUGGCCUCCGCUGUACUCAGUUCACUUGCGCCGGCACAGAAGCGUCUUCAAGAAGCAAAGUUCGAGUUGCUCACAUCAGAAGCGUCUUAUCUCAACUCACUAAACGUUCUGGAGACACACUUUGUGGCGCAUCCCGCCUUCCGCGACCCCCUCGUGCUGCCUAGGGAGGAUUGGGAAACACUGUUUUCCACAAUCUUACCAGUACGCAAAUGCUCUCAACUACUGAUGAACGAGUUGGAGAAGUGCUGGCAGGAGAAUAUACUGCUGCAAGGCAUCUGCGACAUAGUUCGGAAUCACGCGGAGGAACACUUCGACGUUUACGUUAAAUACUGCGAGAACCAAGCGCUCAUGGUUAAAGCGCUGCAGCGGCUGAGGGAGCGGCCGGCCUUCGUCACCGCGCUCAAGAGACUGGAGAGUCACCGGGCGUGCCAGAGCCUGUCGCUGCACUCGUUCCUGAUGCUGCCCAUGCAGCGCGUCACGCGCCUGCCGCUGCUCAUGGACGCCGUGCUGCGCCACCUGCCGCCCCACGACCACGAGUACUCCGCCUGCGCGCGCGCACUCGCCACCCUCAACCUGUUCGUAUCACAGUGCAAUGAAGGCGCUAGGAACACUGAACGCGUGGAGGAAAUGUUCCGGCUGUCCCAAGUGAUAGAGUUCCCGCCUAGUGUACGGAACGCGCCGUUACUGGGACCGGCCUGUUCAAGGAGAGACAAAAAACCGGUUCGCUGGCUAGUGCGGUCCGGUGAGAUGACACAACUGGUGUGGAAGACGGACGAGUUGAAACUGACCUUCGGCCGGAAGUACCACAAGGUACCACUGCAUCUGUUCCUGUUCAAUGAUCUCCUAGUCAUCACCAAGAAGAAGAGCGAGUCGUGUUACCUGGCGGUGGACCACUGCCCGCGCUCGCUGCUGGAGGUGUGCGCGGGGGACGCGGCCGCCGCGCGCCACGCGCUGCUCAUCACGCUGCUCGAGAACCACGAGGGGCGCACGGUGGAGAUGUUAAUGUCGUGUGGGAGCGAGACGGACGUAUCGCGGUGGCGGGAGGCGCUGGUGCCGCCCGCGGGGGAGGAGGGGGAGGCGGUGUACGCGGGCUGGGACUGCCCCCAGGUGGCCGCCGUGUACGCGUACUGCCCCGCCCAGCCGGACGAGUUGCCGCUAGCCGAGGGGGACAUCGUCAACGUCACCAGGAAGACCAGUGAGGGUUGGUAUUACGGCGAGCGCACGCGCGACGGCGAGAGCGGCUGGUUCCCGGGCGCGUACACGGCGGAGAUAGCGUCCGCCCACGUGCGCGCGCGCAACCUGAGACAGAGGUAUCGCCUGCUCGCUCUCUCCGGCACAUACCUCGGGCAGAAGAGGAAACCGCUCACGUGA